AUGUCCCGCAGCGCGGCGGCCAGCGGCGGACCCAGGAGGCCAGAGCAGCAUCUGCCCCCUGCCCCCUGUGGGGCCCUGGGGCCCCCUGAAACCUCCAGGACGGAGCCAGACGGGGCGGGCACCAUGAACAAGCUACGCCAGAGCCUGCGGCGGCGGAAACCAGCCUAUGUGCCUGAGGCAUCGCGCCCACACCAGUGGCAGGCAGACGAGGACGCGGUGCGCAAGGGCACGUGCAGCUUCCCGGUCAGGUACCUGGGCCACGUGGAGGUGGAGGAGUCCCGGGGGAUGCACGUGUGUGAAGAUGCUGUGAAAAAGUUGAAGGCGAUGGGCCGGAAGUCUGUGAAGUCUGUCCUGUGGGUGUCAGCCGAUGGGCUCCGGGUGGUGGAUGACAAGACCAAGGACCUGCUGGUAGACCAGACCAUCGAAAAGGUCUCCUUCUGUGCUCCUGACCGCAACCUGGACAAGGCUUUCUCCUAUAUCUGCCGUGAUGGGACCACCCGCCGCUGGAUCUGCCACUGUUUCCUGGCGCUCAAGGACUCCGGCGAGAGGCUGAGCCACGCAGUGGGGUGUGCGUUUGCGGCCUGCCUAGAGCGGAAACAGCGGCGGGAGAAGGAGUGCGGAGUCACUGCCGCCUUUGAUGCCAGCCGCACCAGCUUCGCCCGGGAGGGUUCCUUCCGCCUGUCUGGGGGUGGGCGGCCGGCUGAGAGAGAGGCUGCUGACAAAAAGAAAGCAGAGGCAGCAGCUGCCCCAACUGCGGCUCCUGGCCCUGCCCAGCCUGGGCACGUGUCCCCAACACCGGCCACCACAUCCCCUGGCGAGAAGGGUGAGGCGGGCACCCCAGUGGCUGCAGGCAACACUGCGGCUGCCAUCCCCCGGCGCCAUGCCCCCUUGGAGCAACUGGUUCGCCAGGGCUCCUUCCGUGGGUUCCCGGCGCUCAGCCAGAAGAACUCACCUUUCAAACGGCAGCUGAGCCUACGGCUGAAUGAGCUGCCAUCCACGCUGCAGCGCCGCACUGACUUCCAGGUGAAGGGCACAGUGCCUGAGAUGGAGCCUCCCAAUGCCAGUGACAGCGACAGCAUCAGCGCCCUGUGUACACAGAUCAGCUCAUCUUUUGCCAGUGCUGGAGCGCCAGCACCAGGGCCACCGCCAGCCUCAACAGGGACUUCUGCCUGGGGUGAGCCCUCCGCGCCCCCUGCAGCUGCCUUCCAGCCUGGGCACAAGCGGACCCCUUCGGAGGCCGAGAGGUGGCUGGAGGAGGUGUCCCAGGUGGCAAAAGCGCAGCAGCAGCAGGCAGCCUCUGUGCCUGCUGUGCCCCCUGGCCUGCAGCCCUUCCCCGCCCCCGUGGGGCCCUUCGACGCCGCACCUGCCCAGGUGGCCGUGUUCCUGCCGCCUCCACACAUGCAGCCCCCUUUUGUGCCCGCCUACCCGGGCUUGGGCUACCCGCCCAUGCCCCGCGUGCCCGUGGUGGGCAUCACACCCUCACAGAUGGUGGCCAACGCCUUCUGCUCAGCCGCCCAGCUCCAGCCCCAGCCUGCCACCCUGAUUGGGAAAGCUGGGGCCUUCCCACCCCCUGCAGCACCCAGUGCCCCUGGGGGCCAGGGCCGUCCUCGCCCCAGUGGGGCGCCCUGGCCCCCAGAGCCAGCACCCGCCCCGGCCCCUGAGUUGGACCCCUUUGAGGCUCAGUGGGCAGCGUUAGAAGGCAAACCUGCUGUAGAGAAGCCUUCCAACCCCUUCUCGGGCGACCUGCAGAAGACCUUCGAGAUUGAACUGUAG